UCUGCUCUCACCCUCCCUUUUUAGUCUUUCUUCCUCCCAUCUUUCUCCUUUCAAUCUUCACUCCCCUCCCAACUCUCUUCUCUAAUGGAGCUUUAAGGUUUUUUCCGGAGCACUGCUGUUCGAGUUUCUUUCGUCUUUCCUUCGUGACUCGCUGCAAAUUUGGGAACUUGGAUUUAGCAUUGACAUUUUGGGAAGCAACUAGGGUUCAAGCUUAGGGUUUGAGUACAGAGGUUGAAGCUGUGUGCAUUUUGAUUGUGGGCUUCAAGCUCCACCAUUUUCAAAGAGUAUCAGAGAACUGAGAGAAGCAUUUUGAGGGCAAAAAAUAAACUGAGGAAAAAUGAUUGGGCCUAACUUCAUGGACGAGAUAGAUUGCGGCAGCUUCUUCGACCACAUCGACGACUUGCUCGAAUUCCCUCCCGAGGACGUUUCCGGCGGCCUCAUGGGCGGGGACUGCAACUCCUUCCCCAGCAUUUGGACAAACGCAUCGGACCCAUUGGCGGGACCGGACUCGGUGUUCUCCGGUCCCAACAGCAACAGCAAUUCCGACCUCUCGGCGGAGCUCUCCGUUCCGUAUGAGGACAUCGUUCAGCUCGAGUGGCUUUCAAACUUUGUUGAGGAUUCCUUCUCUGGUGGAAGUAUCGGCCUCAACAAAGAAGAUGGCUCCAUUGUUAAGGACUCGCCCCAUCAUCAGUUUCAGACAUCCAGCCCGGUUUCUGUGCUGGAAAGCAGCAGCUCCUGCUCAGGAGGGGGAGGGAAGACUAUACCGCUCAGCCCCAAUCAUCGUGGGGCUCAACGUGCCCGCAGCAAGCGUCCUCGCCCUGCGACCUUUAACCCUCGCCCUGCCAUUCAGCUUAUCUCCCCAACCUCGUCUGUUACCGAAUCACCACAGCCGGUCCUUGUCCCUAAAGUGUCUUCUGACUCUGAGAAUUACGCAGAGUCUUCUCCUUUGAAGAAGAUGCCAAAACCGGCUGCAGCAGAACAUAAGAAGAAAAAGAAGAUGAAGCUGUCGCUUCCACUGGGUCCUGUGGAGAUGAACCAAAAUCCACCCGCACAAGCAGUUAGGAAAUGCAUGCAUUGUGAGAUAACAAAGACACCACAAUGGAGGGCAGGCCCAAUGGGGCCAAAAACCCUAUGCAACGCCUGUGGUGUUCGCUACAAGUCAGGUCGGCUCUUCCCAGAAUACCGGCCUGCAGCAAGUCCUACGUUUGUCCCCGCAUUGCACUCCAAUUCUCACAAGAAGGUAAUCGAGAUGAGGAACAAAGCUUGUGAAAACACUGCAAUGACUGCAAGCGCACCAACGGGGACCACCUCCCCACCGGAGCUCAUUCCAAAUAGCAGUGUUUCAUUGGAUUAUCUGUGAAGGAAGGAGGAUGUAGAGAACAGUUUUCCUAGUUGGUGGAGUCUCUCCGGGCUGCCUCUCAAGUUUGGGUCUUCAUGUUAUUUUACUUACCGGUUUUUUCAUUUCUUUGUUCAUUGGUUUUUGUACAGAGGUGGAAAGGGGGUGGAUAGGAGCUAUAGAUGACCAUAUUUUUAGCAAGUAGAGAAAAGGAUGAAAUGAGAAAACUGAGAGAAAAGGGGUAGGAGAGAAAUGGAAGCUUAGUGGUAGGGGGAGGGAAAGGGAUUUAGGUUCGGCAAUAUUUAGGUCUCUCUGGUCAAGUUCAGUCAGUCAUUAGAUGUUGGGUUUUGUGUCUUUGUCUCUUUUCCGUUUUCUUUUCUCCUUCGAUGGGAAUUCUUUUUGCAGUUCAUUUGUUUGUAGGAAAUUCUGAGAUAAGUAAUGGGGUUUGAAAUGAUGUUAUGCUUCAUUGAAAAAAAAAUACUUUGCUCA